GCUGGAUGUUUUCUUCGUGCCAUCAAGUCGUGGCAGAGUCCACAUUAGGGGCCGGCUCAUUUAGCACCUAAGCCAGCGGUGACUUAGAUCAUGUCUCUCCAGUGCUGUGCCUUCAUCUACAUUAUUCAGUAGUCAACGCCAUCCUGUCUUAUCAUCAUAAUACACAGAAGCUAUUGUCGUGGAUAUAGAGAAACUUCACUCGCAAGAGCUGUUUAGCAGCCAACAACUCCAAAUCAGACAUGGAGCAGACCUCCCACCGAGAAAUUGCCUUCAUAUCCGGCCCGCUAGACACUGGCCCCGACGCUAGUUAUUUCCGCAAACACUACACCAAGCGCAUUGAUGCUGCCAUCACUCGUGGCGACGACUUCAUAAUCGGGCCUAUUCCUUAUGGAGUGGAUGCAGACGCCCUCGAUUAUCUCCUAGCAUACCCCGUAUCUCCCUCCCGCAUCACCAUCUUUGUCACCCCCGACGAGGACCGUAUGUGGGGUACCAAGUUACGCAACCGCGGUGUGAGAGUCAAUGUUUUGAAGCAUGAUCCAGAGAGAGGUACACCAGGCCCAAGGGAUCGAGAUGCUGCGAUGACGGCAAAUAGCACAUAUGACAUUCUUCGUUGGCGCACACGAGAUGAAGCAAAACAGUUCUAUGGCAAGGCAUGGAGAGACGGACAUUUGACGAAUACAGAGCGGAAUUGGAGACGCAGACGGGGCAUUGGUGAAGAUGUUGUCAUUAAGGAGGAAGAUAUUGAUUUCUUCAUGGAGGAUGAUAGAGCAAAAUAUAAGGGGAGUUGUCUCGUGUCUUAAGCUGUUUGAGCAACUUGUCGACAAAUUUCUCGUACCUAUAUCGAACAGAGUCGAAAGUCCGCUAUAAAGAGGAAGAAGGUCCAUUCCAACAGAUUCCCUUAUUAGCUGAUAGAAUGCUGAGUCGGGGCCCCUCUAUCGUUUAUCAAAGCUAGCUCCGGAUGUUUAUGUACGACUUAAUAGCUGUUGACGUUGUACUGUAUAUACUCCUUUGCAAGUCCUUUCUUAUUGUACAUAGCAUCUAAGACAUUGUUUUAAAC